UCUCCUGCGGUGCCCAUGGCGGCGGGGCUCAGCUCGCUGGAGGCCGUGCGUCGGAAGAUCCGGAGCCUGCAAGAGCAGGCGGACGGCGCCGAGGAAAGGGCUGGCCGGCUCCAGCGGGAGCUCGACGAGGAGCGGGCGCUGCGCGAACAGGCUGAGAGCGAUGUGGCUUCUCUGAACAGGCGUAUCCAACUGGUAGAGGAAGAGCUGGAUCGUGCCCAGGAGCGCCUGGCAACAGCCUUGCAACUGGAGGAGGCUGAGAAGGCAGCAGAUGAGAGCGAAAGAGGAAUGAAGGUCAUUGAGAGCAGAGCCCUGAAGGAUGAGGAGAAGAUGGAGAUCCAGGAGAUCCAACUCAAGGAGGCCAAACACAUUGCUGAGGACGCUGACCGCAAGUAUGAAGAGGUUGCUCGUAAGCUGGUGAUCAUUGAGAGCGACCUGGAGCGUGCGGAGGAGCGGGCUGAACUGUCAGAAAGCCAAGCCCGACAGCUGGAGGAACAGUUAAGGAUAAUGGAUCAAACGUUGAAAGCAUUAAUGGCUGCUGAGGAGAAGUACUCGCAGAAGGAAGACAAGUAUGAAGAGGAGAUCAAGGUCCUUACUGACAAACUGAAAGAGGCUGAGACCCGAGCUGAGUUUGCAGAGAGGUCGGUAACUAAGCUGGAGAAGAGCAUUGAUGACUUAGAAGAUGAGUUGUAUGCUCAGAAACUCAAGUACAAGGCCAUCAGCGAGGAGCUGGAUCACGCUCUCAACGACAUGACUUCCAUAUAAAUGUCUUUGCUUCACUCCUC